AUGUCGUUCAUCAACUGGCGUGUUGCCACCGCAGAAGACCUCGCCACUUUGAAUGUACAGUUGAUUAAAACUGAGCUGCAACGCCGAAACCUCUCCACAACCGGCAACAAGGAGGAACUAAUCGACCGACUUCUGGUUGAUAUCGCGCAAGACCCACCGCCAAACCACGAACCCGCGCCAUGCCUGCCCGCAAAUCCAGCGUCGUUCCCGACCAUGCCAGCGCCUACGACGCCAUUCCCAGCCAUGCCAACCUUCACGUCAGACCCAGCAGAGAACAUGCAGCGCAUGGCAGCUUUUCUUCAACAAAACAUGGCCAUUAUGAUGACCACGAUAGCAACUCACACGAACCCAGUGCACGUGACAACGCUACCAGACCUCUCAGCUUCGCUGCCUACCUUCAAUGGAAGUGGUACCCCUACUUUCAAGCACUGGAUAGAAGAGCUCGAGCGCAUUCAACGACUCGCACGAUGGGAAGACCCAACUCCGCUCGCCAUCGCGCAAGGAAAGCUACGUGGAGUCGCAGCAGACUGGCAUGCCUCAACAGGGCGAGAGCUUACCACAUGGUCCAUCUGGAAGGCCGGACUCCAAGAACAAUUCGGCGAGCAACUUUCGAUCAUACAGUGGCAACAGAAGGUCACAGCCCUCACACAAAAAGCCGGAGAGAGCCUGCAGCAGUACACCUUUGCAAAGCUCAAUAUCGUGUCACGCUGUCCAGUUCCCAUUACUGACAAGGAAUGCAUCGAAUACCUCGUUCAAGGCAUUCGUGACGACCAGGUAGCCACAUCUAUCGUCGUUCAGCGACCUCGUACCGCGGACGAUUUCCUCAGCAUUGUGUCCGAAGUGGACAAAGCAUUGGACCACGCCCGCCUGAUCCGUUCUCCGCAGUCAGCAGAGCAAUUCGCAAGACAGCCCGAACGCCCCCAGCUUCAGAGUGCUACUGCCAACACUGACAGUACUGUGAACUCCUCACAGACUGCUCGACCAUCUACGUUCCAGUACACCACGCACACGACGCAGCCUCCUCGUAUUAACAGUCUACCACCUGCGGACCAAGAGUCGAGGUACGAAGCCAUUUCAGCUAAGUAUGGUUCCCCAGCAUACAGAAGAGGACAAGACUUGAGAGAUGCGGUGUGCUACAACUGUCAAGAGAAGGGUCACCUUGCAAGUAAAUGUACUUCACCAAAGCAACCUUCUGGUGACAACAAGCCGACAGUCCGCAAAGCACCAACAGCCUGUGUUGGCCGUGUCGAUGACACCUUGUAUGGAUCCAAGUUCAGAUGUGCCGUCGCUACCGCUCAAGUCAAAGGACUGGGAGAGAUCAGUGCUUUCCCAGACAGCGGCUCAAAUGUCACCAUUCUUGCAGCAAGAUUAGCAUCUAACCUCAACAUCGAACCGUGGACCAAGCCACCUUUGCUUGUCGUUGGUGGAAGCUCCGUCAUGCCGGAAGGCUCUGUCUUUUUGAGGAUCACCAUUGGACCUCUAUCUGCAGUUGUCGAAGCAGCCGUCCUUGAACGGAAUGCCCUUCCCCUCAUUCUAGGAGAAGAUUGGUUUUAUGCAGCUCAAGCUGAACUCCACUUCAAACCUCCCAAGCUGCCUCCCACGGCAGAGCCGCUUCAAUUCGAGCAUGAGCCAGACGAGAAUGAACCCUUGUGGAGCCAGCUUAACAAGGCAGCCCUAGUUCAACUGGAAACCACAUGCCCCAUAAGCCCACUCCAGACAAGCUCCUCCAGCCCGUUGCCUUCAGACCCACCUGAUAACGUUCCUGACGAUCCCCUGACUGACAUCUACCUCGGAGCUCAGCUCAAUCCCGAAGAACAAGCAGCCGUGAAGCACAUUGUACAACGACAUGCUGGUAUUUUCAGCACCAGCCCUGAAGACAUCGGUCUCUAUGAAGGCAUCGAACACGAGAUCAAGCUGCUGCCUGACGCUAAACCCUACGGUCGACAGCCGUACCGUUACACAGCCAGUGAUAGACAAUUUCUCGAGCAUCAGACAGCGACUCUGCUUGAGAGUGGCAUCAUCCGACCAUUCAUGGCCCAUGGGGCUUCCCGGCAGUGGUAG